CUAAUGUUCGUAUUUUACGAUAUGUUGAUGGCGUGCUGUGUUAUGUUGAUAGCAAACACUACGCUAAAUUAGAACAAACUGGAAUUGUUGUCAAAAUGGCUGACUACUGGAAAUCUCAGCCAAAGAAAUUUUGCCAAUAUUGCAAGUGCUGGAUCGCUGACAACAAACCCAGUAUUGAGUUUCAUGAAAGGGGGAAGAAUCACAAAGAAAAUGUGGCUGCCAAAAUCGCAGAGAUUAAGAAGAAGAGCAUUGACAAAGCCAAGCAGGAGGAACGCAUGUCCAAGGAGUUUGCAGCAAUGGAAGAGGCGGCGUUGAAAGCAUUUCAGGAGGAUCUUAAAAGGCUUGGGGCUGAAUCAGGCAGUACUGAAGCUCAGCGUAAAACGCCUUCCGUGAAGGCAGCAGCCUCCAGCAGCAGAGGAUCGGAUGUUUGGGUUGAGGGUGUCAGCGAUGAAGGACACACCUACUACUACAACACUUUGACUGGGGAGUCUCAAUGGGAGAAGCCAGAAGGGUCUCGAGGCAGAAGGACGACUUCAGGGGUGACUCAAGCCAAUAAUGAUAAGAAAUCUUCCAGCUCUCUGUGGAUGGAGGCCUUAAGUCCAGAUGGGUAUACCUACUACUACAACACAGAAACUGGGGAGUCCUCCUGGGAGAAGCCAGCAGAGUACUCUCCACCAGAGAAGACAGAUGAGAGGGGGGAAAUGGCUGGGGAGGGGCAGGAGGACCCCGUGGCCCCCCAGUCUGAGUCCCUGAAAGGGGAGGAGGAGAACUCGGACAAGGCAGCAGACACCCUGGAGGCAGAGGGCACCAGAGAGCCCCAGGUCCCCAAGAUCAGCUUUAGGAAAAGAAAAGAUGAGAAGACACAGCUUUCAGAGGCAGAACAAGACAAGGACGACAACAGUGGCGAUGGUGGUGAUGAUGAUGAAGAACAGAAGAGUGACAGACCCACUCUUCUUGAGGAAGAGGAGGAGGAGGAGGAGGAAGAGAAGGAGGCAGAAGUGACUGCAGCAAAGAGACCCCGGAAGAUGAACCCUUAUGGGGAGUGGGAGCAGAUUCAGGAGGAAGAAGACCCAUAUGAGCAAGUGGAUCUGCAGUUGCCCCAGGUGGAGGGCAUGGGUGCCGCCCAAGCGGGCUCUGACGUGCCUCCGGAGCCCAAAGUUAAGUUCAAGGAACGUACCAUCACCUCACUGGGGGACGAGGGAGAUGCAGGGGCAGUCUUCAAGAAGAGAAGGAUGGAGAAUGGCAAGUCUAGGAACCUUCGCCAGAGAGGCAAAGAUGACUGAGUCUUACAAGUGCAUUUUUAACAUGGACGCGUGGAUUCCAACCCUGAACGUGUUGGCGCGGUCUUUUAACAGGCUCACCAUUGUGUGUCUGUUUUCAAGAAGUGUUUUGUUCUCCACAGUUUCAACAGCUGGUCUGACUGGAAGUCCUUUUUUCUGGACUGUUUUAUAUUCAUAUUCAACUGCGUGGUUGACCAGCUCCAACAGCACUUUGCGUGCUUGUUUUUUGAAUUGUGUGUUUUUUUUUUAAUUGCAUAAAGUUGGAUUUAAAUAGCAACAGUGGAAACAUAAAUACUUUUUCUUGAAAGACAGGUUUUUCAAAUCAGAGUAUUUUUAUAAGGGGAUAAUGUGAAAUGUGGUUGAUGUUGUGCUUAUGGGGAAUUAUAGUGCGUUGUCUCUCAGUUAAGACUCUGUGUUUGCCUCCUUGUCCUAUACUGGCACCACAGCAAACCUUUUGCUUACUGUGGUCAGAAUGGAAAAUAGUUUCAUGAAUUGAAAGAUUCCCUCUGUAGCUCAUUUGAAAAGAAAAGAAGUUCACAAAUCAAAAUUUUCUUGAAUAAAACAUUUAACUGGCUUGGCAAUGGGUCAGUCUAUACAGACUACUUAUGUGUGGUGUACUUUGUCUAUGCUCAACUGUGGUGGAAGAAAGUAGUACAGAGCCAUGUGUAACCAGUUAGAAGAACGUGAAUUAUUUUUGUUGAUGAAGAAGGGACUGGAAAUCUUACAAUAUGUAAAUAGAUGAGAGGUGUUACCAUUUGGACAUUUGCAUCAACUUAUAGUCAGGAGCAGUUUCAUUCUUAAUAAUUAUACAGUAUAUCACCAUGGAUAUUUUGUAAGGCUCUAGCAUUUAUUUGUA